GAGUUGGAGUAUGAGACAUACCUAACUGUAAAAAAAGGUGAUACAGUAGCUCUCUUCUCAAUCUUGCUCAAUUUUCAUGGAAGCAGCUGCACUCCCAUUCCCUCCAAAACCCCAAUUUUUUAUGUCCCCAUCCAUCGCCUUCAGACCUGCUCCACCACUCCUCCUCCGCUACACUCCCGCCGCGUUCAGGCUCUUCGCCACCUCCCCCUCCCCCUCCGCCUCCGCCACCACCCAUGAGCCGGAAACACUAACAAUUCCGGAGACCUCAACUUCAAAAAAGUCGAGGUCUAAUGCCAGGACAGGGAGCAGUGCCAGGGGUAAAAAGGUGGUUAUAGAUGCCCAACAGCUUAAACUGAACUGGUUGGAAUCCCUCUCUUGCCCUAGGUCCGAAAAUGAUGAAAUUCGGGCUCCCGACGACUCCGGCCCUGGCAAUGCGGACUCGAGGUGGGUUAUCGGAGUCGACCCGGAUCUCUGCGGAGCGUUAGCCGUGUUGAAGCCUGACAAUUCCGCCCAGGUGUAUGAUUCUCCUCACUUGAAAGCAUUGGUUGGCAAGAGAGUCCGGAGACGUCUAGAUCUAAAGUCUAUGAUUCAAUUGCUUCAAAAAGUGGAUGCUCCAACUGGAACCACUGCGUACAUAGAGCAAUCAAGUCCAUGUCCCCAAGACGGUAAGCAGGGAUGGUGGAGUGGCGGUUUUGGGUAUGGACUAUGGCUAGGAGUCUUGGUAGCCUCCGGAUAUUCUGUUGUUCCAGUUCCAUCGUUAUUGUGGAAGAAUAGUUUUAAACUUGCAGGAAGUCACUCUAGCAAGGACAACAGCAGAGAGCUUGCCACCACUCUAUUUCCGGCCCUGAGUCCCCUCUUGAAAAGGAAGAAGGAUCAUGGCCGUGCAGAAGCUUUGCUAAUUGCUGCACAUGGUAAAGGGCUGAAAGUGGAUAUUGGGUCCGACUCUUGAUGCAUAUUGGAAGAUCCGGUGCCUUAGAAUCAUCUCCUUGGGCAUUUUUCAUGGCUGCUGAUUUGUUAGUUUAUAUAUUUGGAGUAGCUUGGUAGGUAGUAUGAUCAUAUGGAGAUCAUUGGGAAAUAGAUUGAUAAUUGUUUAGAGAGAAUGUAGUGGAAAAGGGAAGAUUGAUAAUUGUUUAGAGAGAAUGUAGUGGAAAAGGGAUGUGCAAGACAGUAUUAUUGCAAGAAACUAGGCAUCCCGUGUAGAGAUACAUACAUUACCCAUGUAUACAAUGGAUGUUAUGUUUUUCUGUU